UUUGACAAUUAAAGAUCAAGAUGGCUGUGCUUUCCUGUCACUAAAAAGCUGGGGUAGUUGGGUAGAAGAUCUCAUGACAUUUCAGCGUCUUCUGUAUCUAACAUAUGCUGGACUCCUGCGACAGAGAAUAUGGGAUGCUUUGGCCAGUCUAAUUACAACCACAUCUAGAAAACUAGAUCGAGAGCAGCAGGGAGAGCACAUACUGGAGGUAACAGUAACAGACAACGGUACUCCUGCAAAAUCAACAAUUGCACGGGUGAUUGUGAAGGUCUUAGAUGAGAAUGACAAUAAGCCUCAGUUCUUGCAAAAGUUCUACAAAAUCCGGCUUCCAGAGCGUGGUAAGCCAGAACGAGAGAGAACUGCUAAGAGAGAGCCGAUCUAUCGAGUUAUUGCUGCAGAUAAAGAUGAAGGCCCCAAUGCAGAGAUCUCUUACAGCAUUGAAGAUGGUGAUGAACAUGGCAAAUUCUUUAUUGAACCGAAAACCGGAGUGGUUUCAUCAAAGAAAUUUUCUGCAGCAAGGGACUAUGAUAUCCUUUCAAUUAAAGCUGUAGAUAAUGGUCGUCCACAAAAAUCGUCAACUACACGGCUUCACAUAGAAUGGAUUCCAAAGCCCGUCCCACCCACAGAGCCCAUUUAUUUUGAGGAAGCGUUUUUUUCUUUUACGGUGAUGGAAAGUGACCCAGUUGCUCAUAUGAUUGGCGUAAUAGCUGUUGAACCUCUUGGAACACCACUUUGGUUUGACAUAACGGGUGGCAACUAUGACAGUCGAUUUGAUGUGGACAAGGGCACUGGAACUAUCAUUGUCGCUAGACCUCUUGAUGCCGAACAGAAAUCAAAUUACAACUUGACAGUAGAGGCAACAGAUGGAACCAGAUCUAUCAGCACUCAGGUGUAUAUCAAAGUUAUAGACACAAAUAAUCACAGGCCUCAGUUUUCUGCUUCAAAAUAUGAAGUUGUUAUACCUGAAGACACCAUACCAGAGACAGAAAUUCUGCAAGUCAGUGCUACAGACAGAGAUGAGAAGAAUAAACUGAUUUAUACUAUGCAGGGCAGCACUGAUCCCAUCAGUCUUAAAAAAUUUCGUCUGGACCCUGGAACUGGCUCUCUUUAUACUUCAGAAAAACUGGAUCAUGAGACCAUGAACCAGCAUAUUCUCACAGUAAUGGUUCGAGAUCAAGAUGUUCCUGUAAAGCGCAACUAUGCUAGAAUCAUCAUUAAUGUUAGUGACACAAAUGAUCAUGCUCCAUGGUUCACCAGCUCUUCCUAUAAAGGACGGGUGUAUGAGUCAGCAGCUGUUGGAUCGGCAGUACUCCAGGUUACAGCAUUAGAUAAGGACAAAGGAAAGAAUGCAGAAAUUGUGUACUCUAUUGAAUCAGGGAAUAUUGGAAAUUCCUUCUUUAUAGAUCCCAUUUUGGGUAUGAUUAAAAUUGCAAAGGAAUUAGAUCGUAGUAACCAGGAAGAAUACAACCUGAUGGUAAAAGCUACAGACAAAGGAGAUCCUCCAAUGAGUGAAGUGACCUCCGUGCAUAUAUUUGUUACGGUUUCUGAUAAUGCCUCACCAAAAUUCACAGCCAAAGAAUAUUCUACAGAAAUCAGUGAAAGCGCCACCAUUGGCAGUUUUGUUGGAAUGGUUGCAGCAUACAGUCAGUCUUCUGUAGUUUAUGAAAUAAAAGAUGGUAAUGUAGGUGACGCCUUUGCUAUUAACCCAAACUCGGGUGUCAUUGUUUCUCAGAAGAUACUUGAUUUUGAAACUUUGCCUAUUUACACUCUAACUGUGCAAGGAACAAACAUGGCUGGCUUAUCCACUAAUGCAACAGUUUUUGUACAUCUUCGGGAUGAGAAUGACAAUACACCAAUUUUUAUGCAGGCUGAAUAUACAGGACUCAUCAGUGAAUCAGCUUCAAUUAACAGUGUGGUUCUGACUGACAAGAAUAUCCCAUUAGUAAUUCGAGCUACAGAUGCUGAUAAAGAAUCUAAUGCUUUGCUUGUUUAUCAAAUUGUUGAACCAUCUGUCCGCAAGUAUUUUGCCAUUGAUUCUAGCACUGGUGCCAUUCGGACAGUAGUGAGUCUGGACUACGAGGAGACAAAUAUUUUCCACUUUUCAGUGCAAGUACAUGAUAUGGGGGUACCACGUUUAUAUGCAGAAUAUGCAGCUAAUGUUACUAUUUAUGUAAUUGACAUCAAUGAUUGCCCUCCUGUGUUUUCAAGAGAGGUGUAUGAGACAUCCAUUUUGGUUCCAACCUAUAAAGGCGUGAAAGUCAUCAGCGUAAAUGCCACUGAUGCUGAUUCAGGCAUUUUUUCACAACUAAUUUAUUCCAUUAUUGAAGGCAACAUUGGAGAAAAAUUUUCAAUAAACCCUAAGUCUGGAGAUAUAACAGUACAAAAUACAACUCAGUUAAGAAGCAGAUAUGAAUUAACAGUGAGAGCAUCUGAUGGCAGAUUUGCAAGCACUGCAUCUGUAAAAAUUCAUGUGAAAGAAAGCAAAGCAAGCCAGCUGAAGUUCACACAGAGUUCUUACUCUGCAACAGUGCAGGAGAAUUCCACAGAGGCAAAAACAAUAGCUGUUGUUACUGCUAUAGGGAAUCAAAUAAAUGAGCCUUUGUUUUACCAUAUUCUAAAUCCAGACAGCAGAUUUAAAAUAAGCCCAACUUCAGGAGUCCUUUCAACAACAGGAAUACCAUUUGAUCGUGAACAGCAAGAAUCUUUUGAUGUGGUCAUAGAAGUGACAGAGGAAUAUAAACCAUCAGUUGUUGCACACAUUGUAGUUAAAGUCACAGUGGAAGAUGUAAAUGAUAAUGCUCCAUUUUUUGUCAAUCUUCCAUAUUAUGCUGUUGUUAAAGUAGACUCUGAAGUAGGCCAUGUUAUUCGACGUGUCACUGCAGUAGAUAAAGAUACAGGCAGAAAUGGAGAGGUGCAUUACUAUCUCAAAGAACAUCACGAACAUUUCCAAAUUGAUCCAACUGGUGAAAUCUCACUGAAGAAGAAGUUUGAACCAGACACACUAAAUAAGGAGUAUCUGGUCACAGUAGUGGCAAAAGAUGGAGGAGACCCUGCUUUUUCUGCUGAAGUUAUAGUCCCAAUUACAGUUAUGAGUAAAGCUAUGCCAGUUUUCGAAAAGCCUUUCUACAGUGCAGAGAUACCAGAAAACAUUCAGCUCCAUAGUCCUGUGGUACAUGUACAAGCAAAUAGUCCAGAAGGACUUAAGGUGUUUUACAGCAUCACAGAUGGAGAUCCUUUCAACCAGUUCACUAUCAACUUCAACACUGGAGUUAUAAAUGUUGUUGCCCCUCUUGACUUCGAGUCUCAUCCAGCCUACAAACUGAGUAUUCGAGCAACAGACUCCCUAACUGGGGCGCAUGCUGAUGUGUUUGUAGACGUAAUAGUGGAAGACAUCAAUGAUAAUCCUCCUGUGUUUACAGAGGAGUCUUACACUGCAACCCUUUCUGAGGCAUCUGUCAUUGGAACAUCUGUUAUACAAGUGAGCGCCACAGAUGCCGAUUCCGGGACAAACAGGGGGAUUUCCUAUCACUUGAUUGAGGGUAACAGUGAAAGUCAUGAUUACUUCCACAUAGAUAGCAGCACUGGACUCAUUCUUACAGCAAGAACUUUGGACUAUGAACAAAUUAAACAACACAAGUUACUAAUAAGGGCCAUAGAUGGUGGCAUGCUGCCCUUGAGCAGUGAUACCAUUGUAACUGUUGAUGUAACUGAUCUCAAUGAUAACCCCCCUCUUUUUAACCAAUUGCUUUAUGAAGCUAAAAUUAGUGAACUGGCUCCCCGAGGGCAUUUUGUGACAUGUGUGCAAGCCUCAGAUGCAGAUAGUUCGGAUGUUGACAAGCUGGAGUACUCCAUUCUGACAGGCAAUGACCAAAAGAAUUUUGUAAUUAAUAGUAAAACUGGCAUUAUCACCAUCUCAAACCUACGCAGACAGACACUGAAGUCACAUUAUAAUCUUAACGUGUCUGUUUCUGAUGGUGUCUUCAGAAGCUCAGCCCAAGUCCAUGUAACUGUAACCAGUGCCAAUAUGCACAGUCCUGUUUUCAGCCAGAAUGAAUAUGAGGUUGAACUAGCUGAAAGUGCUCCAUUGCAUACUUUGGUGACUGAAGUUAAAGCAACAGAUGAAGAUUCUGGUACUUAUGGCUACAUCACUUACCACAUUGUGAAUGACUUUGCCAAAGACAGAUUUUAUACAAAUGAGAGAGGGCAGAUAUUUACCUCCGAAAAGCUUGACCGUGAAACACAAGCAGAAAAAGUAAUUGCCAUUAGUUUAAUGGCCAAAGAUUCAGGAGGAAAAGUUGCUUUCUGUACUGUUAAUGUAAUACUUACAGAUGACAAUGAUAACGCUCCUCAAUUCCGAGCAACAGAGUAUGAAGUAAAUAUUGGAUCUGAUGUUCCACGGGGUACUUCUGUCAUUAAAAUCUGGGCAUCUGAUGCUGAUGAGGGUACAAAUGCAGACAUCACAUAUACAAUUGAAGCAGAGUCUGAAAAUGUUAAAGAGAAUUUAGAAAUUGAUUCAUUGUCUGGUAUAAUUACUACAAAAGAAAGCUUAAUUGGUUUAGAAAAUGAGUUUCUGACCUUCUUUGUUAGAGCAGUCGAUGGUGGAUCCCCCCAAAAAGAGUCAGUUGUUCCUGUCUAUGCUAGAAUACUCCCACCGGAAGUGCCUCUUCCCAAAUUUUCAGAGCCGUUUUUUUCUUACACGGUUUCUGAGGACAUUCCAAUUGGGACUGAGAUAGAUGUUAUCAAAGCAGAGCAUAAUCAGACUUUAGUAUAUAGUCUGAUUAAAGGGAACACUCCUGAAAGCAAUAGAGAUGAUUUUUUUGUGAUUGACCGACAGACUGGAGAGUUGAAACUUGAAAAGAAUCUUGAUCAUGAAACUACUAAAUGGUACCAGUUCUCAGUUCAAGCACAGUAUGCAAAUGAAGAUUAUAAUGUUGUUUCCUCAGUAGAGGUAAGCAUUCAAGUAAAAGAUGCAAACGAUAACAAACCAGUUUUGGAGUCCAAUCCAUAUGAAGCAUUUAUCGUAGAAAACAUGCCAGCUGGCACAAGAGUCAUCCAGGUUAAAGGAACUGACUUAGAUUCGGGACUCAAUGGGCAGGUUACUUACAGCUUGGAUCCUUCUCAAGAACUAGACAUAAUAGAGUCUUUUGCCAUAAGCAUGGAAACUGGCUGGAUUACCACUCUCAAAGAGCUCGAUCAUGAGAAACGAGACAAAUACAGAAUCACAGUGGUGGCAUCUGAUCGGGGUGAAAAAAUUCAACUGUCUUCUAUGGCUGUGGUUGAAGUUACUGUUACUGAUGUGAAUGACAAUCCUCCACGCUUUACUGCAGAGAUAUAUAAAGGAACAGUCAGUGAGGAUGACCUUCCUGGUGGGGUAAUUGCUAUCUUGAGUACAACUGAUGCUGAUACAGAAGAAGCCAAUAGACAAGUCUGUUAUUACAUCACAGGAGGUGAUCCCUUGGGACAGUUUGCUAUUGAAAGUAUACAGAAUGAAUGGAAGGUCUAUGUCAAAAAGCCUCUGGACAGGGAAGAAAAGGAUAAUUACCUUCUAAAUAUUACAGCUACUGAUGGGACCUUUGCAACUAAAGCUGUGGUGGAGGUUAAAGUCCUUGAUGCUAAUGAUAAUAGCCCUGUUUGCGAAAAGGCUUUAUACACUGAUUCUGUUCCUGAGGAUGCCCUUCCUGGCAAACUGAUAAUGCAGGUAUCUGCUACAGACGCAGAUAUUCGUUCCAAUGCAGAAAUUACUUAUACACUGCAUGGCACAGGAGCAGAAAAAUUCAGACUCACUCCAGACACAGGUGAACUGAAAACAUUAAUGCCACUUGAUCGUGAACAGCAAGCAGUUUAUUAUCUUCUAGUGAAAGCCACAGAUGGAGGAGGAAGAUUCUGCCAAGCUAAUAUUAUUCUGACUCUGGAAGAUGUGAAUGAUAAUGCCCCAGAGUUUACAGCUGAUCCUUACUCCAUUACAGUAUUUGAAAACACAGAGCCUAAAACCCUUUUGACAAGAGUGCAGGCAACAGAUGCAGAUGCAGGGACGAACCAUAAAAUCCAUUAUUCACUGGUGAACUCUGCAGAGGGCCAGUUCUCUGUAGAUGAAUUCUCUGGAAUCAUUCGAUUGGAGAAGCCUUUGGAUCGGGAAUUACAAGCUGUGUACACCCUAACUUUGAAGGCUACGGAUGAAGGUUUACCUAGAAGACUGUCUUCAACAAGUACUCUUAUAGUUUCUGUUUUGGAUAUAAAUGAUAAUCCACCUGUAUUUGAGCAUAGGGAGUACUGUGCGAGUGUAUCAGAGGACAUUUUGGUUGGAACUGAAGUUCUCCAGAUCUAUGCUGCAAGCAGGGACAUAGAAGCCAAUGCGGAAAUCACAUACUCAAUAGUCAGUGGGAAUGAACAUGGAAAAUUCAGCAUCGAUUCAACAACAGGAGCCAUUUUUAUCAUUGAGAGCUUGGAUUAUGAAAGUUCUCAUGAGUACUACUUGACAGCAGAAGCCACAGAUGGAGGCACACCUUCCUUAAGUGAUGUUGUAACUGUGAAUAUUAACGUAACAGAUAUCAAUGACAAUACUCCAGUGUUUAGCCAAGACACUUACACUGCAGUAAUCAGUGAAGAUGCUAUGCUUGAACAAUCAGUCAUUACAGUUAUGGCAGAUGAUGCUGAUGGACCUUCAAACAACCGCAUUCACUACGCAAUUAUAGAUGGCAAUCAGGGAAAUCCUUUUACGAUUGACCCUACCAGGGGUGAAAUAAAAGUGACUAAACUUCUAGACAGAGAAAAGAUUUCAGGGUAUACCUUGACAGUUCAAGCUUCAGAUAAUGGAAACCCGCCUAGACUUAACACAACCACAGUUAAUAUUGAUGUUUCUGAUGUAAAUGACAAUCCUCCAGUAUUCUCAAAAGGAAACUAUAGUGUUAUCAUCCAGGAAAAUAAGCCUAUUGGAUUUAGUGUGCUACAGCUAGUGGUGACGGACAAGGAUUCUUCUCACAAUGGCCCUCCUUUUCUCUUCACCAUCCUGAGUGGAAAUGAGGAGAACGCUUUUAAGAUUAACCAGCAGGGAGUACUGACAACAACUGCUGCACUGAAUCGCAAAAUGAGGGAUCACUAUUUACUUCAUGUUAAG